AAAUGUUUUGUUUACGUUUGAGUUGAACGCCACACGGGUGAUUACUGAUUACAUAUUUUCGUUGGGUGAUAAAAAUUUACUGAUGAUGUGUCGUCUGUCGUUUGCGCAUUAGGUUUUUUUUCGUUCAUUCUUUCAAUUGCGCUCUGUGUCGAACCGAAACCCACACUGAAAAGAUAUACAAUUUGGCCAAUUGUUCCAGCAUCAUGUUGUGAUCCUGAUUCAUCCACUGGAAGGUUAGCAAGUAUCAGAAAUCAUGUCCGCAGAUAAUCCGACUGUUGUAAAUGUAUUCCCUCCUGCAGAGGGUCUAAUCAGCCCUGUCGCUGAUAUUCCCGACAGAAAACCAUUCUGGGACUUUCGAGGUGCAUCACUGUCAGUUGGCUUCAUUCGAGAAUGGGCCAUCAACCGCUAUCACAAUGUCAGGCCAUGGCUGAUUUUUUUCAGCACAGGGAACUUCAAAGCUCCGCCUCCUACCAUACCAAGGCUCAGUCGCAGAUUUUUUAAAAACAUUAAUUACUUUGAAGGAAACUACUUCUUUAUCUGCUUUUGCCUUAUGAUCUACGGAUUGGUCACCUCUCCUCUACUUCUUUUAUCACUUUCUUUGUUUUUGGUUGCUUGUUAUUUUGUCACGCAGAAGAACACAGAGGGCAGACUAAAACUAGGCGGCGUUGAGUUAACAUUGUCUCAACAGUAUACUAUUGUGGGAAUCUGCUUCCUGCCUAUAUUUUACUGGGCAGACGCUGGCACAGCUGUCUUUUGGGCCAUUGGUGCUUCCAUGUUUGUGGUUGUUCUUCAUGCAGCAACUUACCACAUUGAGCUCCUUGACCCUGACCCAGAAGACCAGUUCGACCUCACAAUGCAAUCAGUCUGAGGUGCUAUCAGUUUGUUCCUCCAGUCAGAGCAUCAGAGCUUUCGACUUCAAUCUGUAUUUAUUUAAUUUUUUAGUUCAUUGUUUUUUUUUGUUAUCCAUAAGUCCAAUUUUGAUGUAAGAACGGUUCUCAAAAUAUGUCACAAAAUUGUUUAGAGACCAUGUACAUUUUUCAUGCACAAAGGUGUCUCUUUUAGGAAGAUAAUUCUAUCUGCUAUCUGUAGGCCUUUGUUACAAUUUAGGAGCAAAGAGGCUAGGUCAUAAACCUUCUCUAAAUUACAGUAAUACCUAGAUUAACUUUCCUUCACUUGUUCGGCGCUCCAGUUAUGAGCUGUAGUGAUGAGGCACUGCCGACACACCAAUAUUUGUCUCUCGAAGAGAAACCUGGCAGCUGAGCAAACCAAGAUAGGCAAGCCGAUUGCGACUGAUAAAAAGUUUCAGGCAGGGAUACACUCCUGCAUGCAUAUGAUAAUGUAUUUCUUUGUCAAGUUGAUUGAAUGAGGAAUCCAUGUUUUUUCUACACAUAUUUUAUGUGAUUUUGUAUGUUCUCAAGUAAAAUUGAUUUAUCCGGUGCAGUCUGCCACAAUUUGUUGGGUAAUUCAGAUAUUACUGUACUUAGUCUCAUGAGUUUCUACAUUCAAAAGUCAAUGGUUUAGGCACAGUGACUGAUUGAAUUUUCAGCAAGAGACAUUUAUUUGCUCAGUAGAAAGAGAAAAAAAGAAUUUAUUUUCUUGUUAAAAUAUUGUCAUAAUCUUUUUCAAGGAUUGGACUUAUAUUGUGGACAAAAAGCUUGAAUAUCAAAUUUUAAACACAAAAAUAAGUUUUAAAGUUUUGCUCCUACCUUUAUAAUUUUUUAUAUUUAUAAAAUAUUUUGGAUUGAAAGUUAACUUUGAAGAACCUUACUUCAUUAUCGAGAAAGAAAGAGUAAUUAUUCUUGAGUAUCAGGUAGUGAAAUGAGGUUGUUUUUGUCACCAUACUUUGUGUCUAGAAAGAAUAUGAUAUCGACUUUAAUAGCAAAGAACAGGAUUUUUAAAGUUUUUAAAAUUAAUUUUACAUGUCUGUAUGAAGUCGAAUAUUCGUCCUUUAACCUAAUGUUGUCAAUUGUCGCAAGUUUAGUAACUCUUGUCUAAUCCAAAUUCUAAUUAUUGUUGGGAGUUAUUCCUCAUCUAAAGAACAUCUAAAUUUUUUUCUUUUUCUAUUUUUUACAUUAACAACCUAAAUAUAUUCUUUUAGAUCCCCUAAAUGUAAAAUUUUUAAAUUUGUAGAAAUGGAAGAAGUCAAUUAUGUUACGAAUUAACUGUUACUUGAUAAUUUUAUCUUAAUAUCAUUAAUGUAAGAGCUAAUAGAAGGGUAAACUGGAUCGCAUUCAGCAGAAAGGAACCAGCAGGCUUGCAGUUUUGUAAAAAUGUUGCCUCUGCAUAAUGAUCUUAAAAAUCUCUCAGAGUAGCAAAUAGUUUUCACUUCCCACCAAAAAAUUGUCAAUUUUAAAGGAAAAAAAUUGUGCAAAGUUUAAUACCAUGCACAUAUUAAGUAUUUUUUAAAAAAAAAAGAACAAGUUGCACGAUUUUGAAAACACUGUAUUCAUGCUGGUUCCCUUUUGCUAAAUGAGAUCCAACUCAUGUAAUAUAUUAUCAUUAACUUCUUGUAACCUAAAUUUUUGGAAACCUCCAAGUUUUUCGAAUGUUGGCCAUGAUUGUUUAUGUUUAUUUCUCAGCUCAUAAAUUCUAUGAAAGCAAUAUAUUUUCCAUAAAUCAAGUAGCUCAAUAAUAAAUGUUAGGCUGUGUAUGUUAAUGGAAAGCAGUUUAUCAAAGAAUAUAAAAAAAUAUAAAAAUUUCACUAAUAACAUUGUUUGAGGGAAUAUUUUAGAUGGAAGAUUUCUGAAGCUCUCACUAGGUUUGAAUAUACUCCAACUCCAUGGUGGAAUUAGUAAAACUUAUUUCUCGAUCCUGACAUUUCAAUAUUUCCCAUUUACAUUUUUUGUAAGGGAAAUUAACUAAUUGUAUUGUUUCAAAUCUUUAUAAUAUAAUUUAUUUUAUAUGUAUAAGAAAGAUCUUUACAAAUUUCACCAAAUGAAGAUCCUUUUUCCUGUGGAUGGUUCUGUGCAGCUUAAAGGGAGAUUUGCAAUUAAAACUAAAUGAAAAACCAUCACCAUUACUUUGACCUCUGCUUAAUCCUAUCCAAUGAAAGGUGCUUUUUUCUACUUGCGUGUGGCUGUGAGUGGAUUUCCUUUUUUUUUUUUUUUUUUGUCUCAUCUUUUCAGCUGAUUAGUGUAAAUGACCAUUUUGUAGUGUGUCAAGAAGAUUAGAAUUUUAGUACACUUAUACUUGAGUGGAUCUUCUAUCCCAUUGUAUCAAACUCUCAAAUUUGGGGGUUUACUUUUUCUGUUUCUUACCCAAUCUCUCCCUCUUUAACUGAUCAAGAUUACAAAAUUACCCUCAGAUUGGUUUUGAUCACAAGUUUGAUAAUAUUCUGAACAACACCAAUCUUUUUAAAUUAUUUUAAAAACUUCAAAUUAAGUCUUUAAAAGAUCUUAAAGAAAACAGAAGUAACUCAGCUUCCAAAAACUUUUGAUACCACCAACUGUUGCGGAUUACCUUUUGCCAUGGUAAUUUCUUCCCCCCAGGUAUGAGAAUUAAUUCCGAAAUGUAGCGCAGUGUGCUAUAUUCAUCAAGUAAGGUAACUCAAGGACACAUUCAUAAUCAAGCAUUCCAUAAAAAUUUUUUGAGAUGAUUGAAAGACAGUAGAAAUGAUCAAUCUUAAAUUUACGUAUUAUCAUCCUGGCAUUUUUAUCACUAGAUGAAAAAGACACAAGCAAGUAUUUAAAAGUGGAAGGUUCUUUCUCCAAUAUUUGGAUUUUUCUAAUUUUCAAUUUGAAAUUUAAACUCAUCAUUAUCCUGCGGUUUGAGUCACUCAAUCUAUGGUGCAUAGAAAGUUGAAUGAGUUAGCCUCUCCUAGGCAACAAUUUCAUCCAAAGUAAUUAAUCGUGGUAGUUUUGGCACCACACAAAAAAGAUGCUACCGUACUUGCUUAAGUAAUCAGUUCAAAGCACUCUGCAUUGUUUUACUUAAGUUUAAGCAAAUUGUUCUUGUAUAAGUGAGGAAUCUCUAAUCUAGUGCCUCUUGUAAGAAAGUGAUAAUCUUGCAAAAUUGUUGACUUAAUAAGUGAUUAUCAAGGAGUGGAUCCCCCCCCCCCUGAAUGUGUGUUUUACCAUGUAUGUAUUAAGCCAUCACAUUACACUAAGAAGGUAGUUCUUUGAUCAUUAUGAGUAAAGAAGAAGAAAUACCUGAACUUUUUGUGCUUAAUUUACAGCAGCCAUUUGAUGCUGUACCAUUUCAAUUAGAUUCCGAACCAAGAUUCUGGAACUGAAAAUACAUGUUAACAUUAAAAGUAUUCAUCUCUUCAUUUUUGCUCCCAUAUCAUGCAUCUUUGUUUUUCAUAUAUGUGUAGUUUCUGAACUGUCCUAUUUGUAAGAUCAUAAUGUGAUGAAUGUAAUUUCAAAUUAUUUGUUAUCUUUUUGUAAGUAAGAGAAAUAAAAUUUAUCAUUUUAA